ACGAACUGGGUUUUUUUUUUUUUUCUCUAUUAAAGAGGUUUCAUUUCUUCAAGGAAACCAUUCACAACUCCGUUUCCAUUUCUUCUCAACAUGGAGCUGUUAAGAUUAACCACUUUAUAUCUUCUAUCCUUCACUCUUCUCCUUCAUGGCCUCCAUGCAGCAGACCCUCUUUGGCACACGUGUUCAAGCCCAAAAAAUUACACAGCCAACGGCCCAUUCAACAAUAACUUGAACCAAUUGCUGAGCUCUCUCCCCACCAAAGUUUCUGUCAAGGGCUUUGGGAUCGGCUCCGUAGGAAAGCGCCCAGAUCAAGCAAAUGGGCUGGCCUUAUGUCGAGGCGAUGUUUCAAGCUCUGAUUGCAAGACAUGUCUUGUAGGUGCCAUUAGCGAUGUUCGUGAUCUAUGCCCGUACAAGGAAGAGGCAGUCAUAUGGUUUGAUAACUGUCUCUUGCGCUACUCGAAUGACAACUUCUUUGGGAAAAUUGACACCGUUAACGGGUUCUAUAUGUGGAACACACAGAGCGUAGAUGACCCCGCUAUGUUUAAUCAGAAAACCAGGGAAUUUCUGCACCAUCUGUCACUUGAUGCUUACCUCAAUCCAUUGAUGUAUGCUAGUGGAGAUAUGGAUAUUGGAAAACAUGAGAAGCUGUAUGGUUUGGCUCAGUGUACUAGGGAUCUUUCUAGUGGGGAUUGUAAGAAGUGCUUGGAGAGUGCCAUAGGUGAACUUCCGGCCUGUUGUGACGGGAAGAAAGGUGGAAGAGUUAUUGGGGGGAGUUGUAAUAUAAGAUAUGAACUGUACCCUUUUGUCAAUGCCUAGACAUGGCACUCAUGUUUGUAGUUGUUUGUGUUAUCUACUAUAUUAAGCAAAUAAGAGGGGAUGCUU